AUGGAGCAAAAGUCAUUCCUGGGGACACUAUCCCCAUGGAGUACCCCAAGGAGCACAACGCCGCAACCCGAUCGUCAGGGCUCAGAGGUCCUGCAGCGGUCCCAAGGAGAGGACCAUACAGUGACCCAUAGGCAUCGGUUAAGCCUGCGUCGUUAUCCUCCUGAUUGCCCUCCAUUGAAAGUGAGGUGGUUCUACGCAGUGGACUCGCCCAAACGAAAGCCAUCGCUGCUAGAACAAAAAAAGACCGACCAGAAGCCCUUGCCAUUGCCGAAGAAGUUCAUUCCUUUCCCUGGGAAAGAUUCACAGUCUAUUGAAAUCACCUUCCAGCAACUAUCGGAAAUCGAAGACGCCCAGGAAGGUCAUGCCGAGCAAUCCACACAGCCUGUCUCGACCAAAGUUCCUGUGAACGAGGAUUAUCUAUUCGAUGUGGAUGUGGAACAGCGAGAGCUGAGUCCCACCUAUUGGAUUGGCCCUGUUUACGAAGUUCGUCGUGGAACAUGGUUCAUCCAAGAUGGGUCUGGAUUAAAACCAUGCGAAGAGAACCUUGCUACGCAGCUUGAAGAAGGCUAUAUCAAACUCCGUCCGUGGAAGACUGAGCCAAUAAAGUCCGAGUCGCCGGAUCAGGCUUCCACAAUAAUUGAACAAGAUCUUUCUAUUCGACAAGAGGAUGCGCAGAUUACCGCCCAAUCCCCUCGGUCAGCCAACCCAGCCUCUACCAACAGGGGCAUAGGAAAUGAUCCCAGCCAGUCCGCGACAGAGCCCCAACAAUAUCGUUUGUUUGGUGCUUAUAUGAACAAGAUUGUUUCCUAUCAAGAUUCUUCGACUGCCUGGCUGAUAAACGAUGAUAUGAUGUCACGAUUCAGCACUACCGUCUAUCAGAAACUAGGAGGUGUCCCCGGGGUGAAGUUGGUGCGUGGCUUCGAGCCCAAGAAGUCAAAGGAAACAGACAAGACUUCCGACCGGAAGGCCGACAAGAUAUCCUCUGUUCCAAAGUCCAACGAAAAUUUUGGAGUGAACCCCGAAAAUAAUAAAUCAGACAUCCUGAAAGUGUCGCCUGUGGAAUCAGUCGAAGGAGCCGAGAAUUUCGAAAGAAGACCGAAGUCUACCUUGGAACGGCAAAUGUCGUCCCUUGCUGGUGAACCGCAGAACCCUGCUGAACUCGAGGAGCAAGCUCGCAAGCAGGAAGAGCAAGAGAUGGAGGAUUCGAGGGAAGUUGACAAUGAGGACAGAGAGCGUGAGGUUGACCAUUUGGUCCUUGUCACCCAUGGAAUUGGCCAGCGGCUCGGGUUGCGACUUGAGAGCAUUAACUUCAUACAUGAUGUGAAUGUGCUUCGCAAGACACUGAAGACUGUCUACAAAGCUUCGCCUGACCUGCAGGCAUUAAACUCUGCGUUGCCUGACAGUGAUAAGAAUUGCCGUGUUCAGGUUCUUCCUGUGUGCUGGCGACACAGGCUUGACUUUCCUUAUAGGGGAGUUCGGCAGAACAGAAAAGAACAAGAUCUUACCGACGCGGACACACUCGAAGAUGAUGCUUACCCAAGCCUGUCAGAUAUCACGCUAGAAAGUGUACCUGCUGUCCGAAAUCUCAUUUCAGACUUGGCAAUGGAUGUGCUCCUUUACCAGAGCCGAUAUUGUGAGCAUAUCUCCAAUAUUGUUAAACAGGAAUGCAACCGAAUCGUCCGGCUCUACAAGCAGCGGAACCCUUCUUUCAAUGGGUCAGUCAGCCUCUGUGGUCAUUCGCUAGGAAGUGCGAUCCUGUUUGAUAUCCUGUGUCAUCAACCAGGCGAGGUGGCCGACCCUGCAAAGCGAGAAAAGCCAAAGGCCCAAGAGACCGAUGGAUCAAACCAUCUUAGUGGAACGAGUGCAUUCGAAUUUGAAACUGAAGAAUUCUUCUGCUUGGGAUCUCCCAUUGCCCUCUUUCAAAUGUUAAAGGGCAAAACGAUAGGAGGAUACUCUGCUUUAGCUCCUCGGAACCGGAAGAAUGCUUUGGAUGUUGAAAUUGACGCCGGGGGGUUGAGGUCUUCAAAAAGGGAUUCGCUUCCCAGUGCUGGGCUUGGGUUCAAGGAAAACCCUGCUAUUGUUUCAGCACCGAAAUGUCGAGAUCUUUACAACAUCUUUCACCCUUCUGACCCGGUGAGCUACCGAAUUGAGCCUCUAAUAUCUCCAGCGAUGGCAACCCUAAAACCUCAGCCUCUACCUUCGGUCAAAAAGAGCCUUUGGACAACCUCCGGGCAAAGCUUAUCUAUUCUUGGUACUCGAAUGGGCCAAAGUGUGGGCUCCCUAUGGACAAAUUUCGCCUCGGGUGUUGCAAGCAGCUUGUUGAACCGCAGUUUGGGCCUGAACGGCGACGAUCCAUCAGCUGGUCGUGCCAUUGGAAAACAAAGCGAUGAUAAAUCCCAUAAAAGGACACAGUCUGGCUCAGUUCAACAUGGCCCGCACGAAUCAGACGACCAUUAUCAAACAUUGAUUGAGUCUGAUCUGGAAACACUCUACGAUGGAUUCCAGAAAAGCAGGAGUGAUCGAAAACCACAGGCAUCAUCAACCGAUCCUGAUACCGAUCCUGAAGAUCAGGAGCGAAAACUGAAAUUUGAAGAUGCCAAAGUGCGCGCCUUGAAUGCCAACGGCCGUGUUGAUUACAGCGUGCAAGAGUAA